CUUUAAUCCUCUUGAGUCUUCAGUUAUUCAGACUAACACGGUCAAUCUGCCAUGGAAUACGGAAUACUGUUGAAUGCGGAGUUGGGUACCGGUACACGCCCAGAAGCGUUGCUUCAGUGCAAAAUCUUGUACAGGUACCUGCUCCUCAACAAAACCAACAUCACCCAUCCCGCCUUUCCCCUCUCUCAUCGCCGUCUUCGUUUUUGCAUCCUCUCGCCGAAUUCCCAAUCACUCUCGCCCAAUUGACCACGCGCUAUGAAGACGAGAAGACGUCAAGUUGCAUGCCUCUGUUCAUCUGACCAGCCGCCUGUAGCCUCGGUUGCUUAUUAGCUGCAUCCUGUCCACCGGCGUCAUGGAGGGUUUGCAGCUGAAUCUACCAUCAAUAUCUGAGGAAUGAGGAAUUGUCCUGCUGGUUCGGACAAGUUGCUUCAUCCCUCCCGUGCGGAAAAAAAUGUGGCUUGCGUGGUUUCUUCAUCUAAUAUCUUUGAUCGACUUCUCUCCCUUCUCCAACUCAAUCCACGCUGUUCUCAACCGCCCCUGCAUAUCAGAGCGUACAAAUAACGCUGCACAAGGACACAGCAUAGCGUUCCAACAUCUCUGCACCCCGUACCUGAAUGCCCUGAACACAAACCUUGGAAUACUCACGGGAGAGGGACCCCCAGCCACGCAAGGCCCCCGCAGCUUGUCCCUUGGUUUGACGAGCUAGUUCAAGCAAAAUUCGCCGCCGCCGUCCCGACGCCAGACUAGGUGGGAUCCCGGACACACUUGCGCUAUCCUGAUGUCCUGAUUGGACACAUCUUUAGGUUCGCCAGUUCGAUAUGUAUCCAUCAUGCCUUGCGCAGUGGUACAUCACAGAGACCAUGAAGGAUAUUAGUUUGAUAUUCCCGCAUCCUCUUGGUUCAUGGGAGUGUUGUCUACCUUACAGUAUACAGGAGUACAUCUACGCUGUAGAUAUGAAUUUUACGCCCCGGCCCAAAUGAACCACUCUCUCAAAUUUAUCUACUUUACAGAUUACGAUUACGGGCGUUGAGGAAGAUAUAUGUAUGGUGGGUGAUGGGACCCUUUGAUUUAUCAUGAAAUAAAAAGAGGAGUUUCUUCAGUGAAGAUUCAUUCAUUCCACUUCACGCACAUUUAGAUCUCAUCCCUCAUCCAUUCGAAACACAGGACAACGCGCGGCUAUCUCUGGUGUACCUAGAGCUAUUCCAUGAAAAAGGAAAUUGCUUGUGCUUUGUUUUUUAAACCUGUAGCGGGUUAUAUACUGUAGACGCAAGCUCUGUCUGGCUCUUAAGUUCUGGACAAGAAUGAUAUCAUCAUCCUUGUCGGUUUAAGCGCCGAAGAAGUUGUACUCACAGUAACAGUACUGUACACAUAUAGCAGUGCUCAAUUUAAGGUCUCGGACGACUUUGCAUUUCUUUUGUACGAAUCGCCAUUUUCUAUAUCAAGGAUAAUAAUAAUUACUAUUUAUUAUAAUUAAUGUGAAAUAGAUAGGUCUUUUCUGUUCUUUGUUGAAGCGCUUCUGUCUCUAGUUCUCGGCUCUAAUCCGGACAUCUCUCCAACUCCAACAACUCUCUCUCCCUCUCUCUCUCUCUCUACCUCUCGCGAGCUGGCCUCCGCCACCCGCCAUCGUCAUCAUGGGUAACUACGAUACCUACAAAACCCUCCUGAUCUUCUUCUCCCCGCUCCUCUUCCGCAAGGCGAGAUCGCUCUACUCCUCUAUCCGCUCCUCGCUCACCCAACGACCACAGCCACCACGGCCUUUGCCAUCCUCAGCAGCUGUCGCACUGAACAUCCUCUUCGUCACAACCUCUCUAUUCCUCUUCCUCUCCCUCCCCGCCUGGACGGGUCUAAACCCACACGCCCCGUCCCCAAACAUCUUCGCCCUCACCCAGUCCCGCCUGACGACCCCGACAGAACUCCUCUUCGCUCGCCUCGCCCGCCUCCGCCCGAACAACACCCUGACAAACCUCGACACCCAGCUAAAAGCAAAGUUCACCUCCCAAGCCUCCCGGAAGCUCUACCUCCGCUACGGCCCAGAAACUCUCCUAAACUGCCCCUUCUGCACCCCGGGUGACGAAACAACAUACCUCCUCUACUACCUACCCCUACACACCUUCCUCCCCCACCUCCUCCACCUCCUAAUAAUAGGCCUUGUAACCUCAAACCCGCUCACAGGGCGUAGCGCUAGCCGCUUCCGCUCCAAAUUCACCCUGACAGCCCUCUCCCUCCUCCUCAUCGAAACUCUACUCGUCGCAUUCUAUAACCCUACCUCCACCUCCAAUGCAACAGCGCACAAGACAUCCCCUCCUCUAAACCCGCACGAAAUCCCCACAAGCUUCCACAACCGCCUCACCACCCUCCGCCUGCUCUCCUUCACCAUCUUCGACGCCCUAGCCGCCGCCACCAUCUACCUCGCGGGCACGAAUAGAUUCUUCUACAUACCACCAACCCCGGCAGAGGUCGCAGAGGAACUCGUCGCGAACGUCUCAGCGACCCUAGCCAGCGCCACGGCGAAAGUUCAUGCGGUCAGCGUCGUGCGGAAUGCGACGGUGCGGGAUCGCGGGUUGAAAGCGACGGAUGACGCGUAUUGGACGGCUGUGGUGGCCAUGGAGGGUUCUUGCGGCGGUUCGUCGUUGGGAACAUCAGGGGUCGGGGAAGGAGGGAGUGUUUGGGAGGAGGAGGAGGUUGUUAGGGCUAUGAGGAGGGUUAUGCAGAAGAGAAAUGCGGGGGGCAAGGGGGAUGUGGUUGAUAUUGGGCAGUUGGGGGUUGAGGCUUCUUCGUAUGUUGAGGGGGUUACGGCCGGGUUGGAGAGGGGGGAUGAUGAUGAUCAUGAUAGUGGUGAUAGGGAUGGGAAUGGAAGUUAAGAUGGAUUGUUUUACUUUUUCUACUUUGGUUUUUCUGUUUCUCUAUGCGGUUUUUUUUUAUUGGGUUAUCUAGAUAAGAGGGGUUGGUAUAGUUCGAUAUACAAAAUACAAUAGAAUUGAAUGCUUUUCAUCUUUAUUCAGGUUGUACCCGUACUUGAACUGUACGAUUCUAUCUUAGCCGCGUGGAAGAUGAGUGUACGCAAUUUACGACGAAAACGGAGAUGAAAAAGUGAACAUUCACCAGGAACAACUGUAAUACUAAAAUUGUACUGUAAAUGAAGCGUAGUUGACACCCAUGAUUACAUAGACAAAGCCCCGAAC